ACGACGACGACGACGAUCCACAAGGCAGCCCAUAAGCCAAACGCGACUCCAACUUUGCACACGCGCUCAUCUUCAACUCUGCCGCUUACAACAAACAAUGCAAGGAAAUUAAGCCGCAGCAGCCACCUUUUGUUAUUGUCGUAGUUGGUGUUGUUGUUGUUGUUGUUGUCACUGGGCAGGUAUACAAAAGGAAAAGCCGACAGAUCGAUAGUGCGAUCCUGUUGUUGACACACGUACAAAGGGCACUUGUCAACUGGAGACGCCAACAGCGAGCCAUCAUGAUCACUUUUGCUCCAUUUGUGGUGAUGUGUGAUGAAUGAUGAGAUUGUGGCAACAGGUAAACGAUACACAUACAAUUACAUACAAAAUAUACGCAAUCGAAAGUGUUCCCAUUGCAACGCACAAUCGUCUUGGGAUCAUUGGCCAGCGGCAACUCAUCGUCAGCAGUCGCAGAACGCAAAUCGGCUUAAGCGAUGAGUGAUCAACUGCUCAGCGCUGCCGCGGACGAUCCUCCAGCCACACUCUUGCCCACACCCGUUGCACUGCCGAGCCCCUAUGCGGAUGCUGAGUCCAAUGAGCAGCCGGUGCUGCUUGAACUUGGCGCUGCCACGCCUACAGCCAGCUUGAACUACACACUGGCGCCGGAUGGUGGCGGUCUCUUGACCUAUUCGACGCCACAUAGUCUCUCCUAUUCGCCCACUUUGAUGACGAGCUACGACAAGCCGACACAUUCGCAUUCACAUCCACAUCCGCAGCACUUGAUGACGCCCACCUACAGCAUAAGUAUUCCACAGACAGUUUCCAUGUGGCCAGGCGGCGCUGGCGCUGGCGGCACUGGUGCUCCACUUGUGGAUGGCAAGCGCAACGACCUCGUCUCUGUGCCGCCACCCACUUACAUGACAUACAGCGCCAGCGGAGCCAUCGAGGUGGAGAUUGCCAAGGAACAAAAUCCUGCUUGGCGUGAGAAAGCGCUCCAAAUGGAGAAGGACUAUCGACGCACAGCUUGUGAUCGGGAACGAACUCGGAUGCGGGACAUGAACAAGGCAUUUGACCUGCUGCGCUCCAAGUUGCCAAUUUCCAAGCCCAAUGGCAAGAAGUACUCGAAAAUCGAGAGUUUACGCAUUGCCAUCAACUACAUCAAUCAUCUGCAGGCCAUGUUGCGGGAUAAUCAUGUGAUGCCCGAAACGGAUCUGACCUCAUUCAAAUGCAGCAGCAGUUCCUCUAUUCAUUACGAAGUGCAAUCCCAUCAUCAUCAUCAUCACGCUGCCAGUUACGACUACGACAAUAGCGCUUCGGCGGCAACAUCUUCGCAAAACGGUUGCAACUGGAGCGGCGGCAGCAGCGGAUCCCCCAGCUAUGAAACGAAUGCCAAGGAACAUUGGAACACGUAGCGGUAAAGGGUCAACACAGUUAAUCCUCCAAAUUGCCAAAGAACUAGGAUGCAGUUACAAUUGUGUUGAUUUCGGAAAUAUGUAUUUUUUCUAUACUUGCAAUAAAAAUUUCUAUAAGAUA